AUGACUUCUCCUCCUCCUCCUCCACUCUUGACGGUUUCGCCAGCCACCGCAGAAGCAAAUUUGCCUGAACUAACGGUCGCUGAUUUCUUCAAGUCAGCAGAUGCGUUCCCACUCUAUCUCCUAAUCUUGUUGAUCUUUUACUUCGUCCUAUUACACUACUGUCGCCUUAGGUUUAAACAGAAACUAAAACCCUUGAAGAAGGAGAUUUUAGAGUCUCUCCCAAAACUGACACUAUCGACGGAAUCAUGUACUACUACGAGGUCACGUAGAUGUGUGAUAUGUCUUGAGGAUUAUGUGGCAGGUGACGUUGUGCGAGUGUUGCCACCAUGCGGGCAUAUGUUUCACGUUUUUUGCAUUGACAAGUGGUUUCAGUUAGGCUCUACCUGCCCUUCAUGCCGCAUCAUCCCAGUCGCACACAUCAAACCGAACAUUUAUCACAAACUUCUACAUGUGUUAGUCCGUUAA